AUGUCACCUGUCAAUGACACCAAAUUCACACCUGCAGUGGUCCUUCUCACCGGGAUACCAGGGCAGGAAGACGUCCAUCUCUGGAUCUCUAUCCCCCUCUGUUUAGUGUAUGUUAUUUCGAUAGUAGGAAAUUCAGUCAUUCUGUUCAUUAUAAAAACAGAUCCAAGCCUCCAUGACCCCAUGUACAUUUUCCUUUCCAUGUUGGCCAUCACAGACCUUGGCUUAUCAAUAGCCACAAUUCCGACGAUAUUGGGCAUAUUCUUGUUUCAAUCUAGGGAGAUCAGCUUCAAUGCCUGUUUUGCCCAGCUGUUCUUCAUCCACUCGCUUCAAUGCAUUGAAUCCUCCGUGCUCUUGUUGAUGGCCUUUGACCGCUUCAUCGCAAUCUGUGACCCGCUGAGAUAUUCUUCCAUCUUAACCCUGCCGAGAAUAGGCAAGAUGGGACUGGUGUGUGUGCUAAGAGGGGUGGCCGUAUCAUUCCCACUCCCCUUUCUCCUGAAACGGUUCCGAUACUGUCGAGCCAAUGUCCUGUCCCAUUCCUACUGCCUGCACCAGGAGGUCAUGAAGGCAGCUUGUUCAGAUAUUACAGUCAACAGCAUCUAUGGCUUCUAUGUUUCACUCUUAAUGAUGGGGUUGGACUCAUUGCUCAUCUUCCUGUCUUAUGUGAUGAUCCUCAAAACAGCGCUGAGCAUUGUGUCCCAGACUAAGUGUCUUAGGGCUCUGAACACCUGCGUCUCCCACCUCUGUGUCGUCCUGCUCUUCUACACUCCAGAGAUUGGCUUGUCUGUGAUACACAGAUUUGGGAAUAGCUCUUCUCACUUGCUUCAGAUUUUCCUGGGCUAUGUCUACCUUCUGGUCCCGCCCCUGAUGAACCCAGUCGUGUACACCAUGAAAAGCAAACACCUUCGUGCGAGGAUAAUCAGAUUGUUCGUCAAGUGA